AUGUCCGUUACCGUUGUGACCAAUGUCACUGAGCGUGACGAGUGUGUCACUAGGGUAUCGGAGCCGUCGUCACUUGACUUGGAUGUCUCGUCCGUCGUGAAGGUCCCAGGCACCGAACUUGCUGAUGUGCUGAGAAGCCCUGUCACAGAAAGUGAAAAACUUUCAGUUUUCUUAUUUGAAGAUUGA